ACUACAAGAAACUGCAGGAAUCGAACUCCACAUCAAGCCACCCUAACACCUAUGGCAUUAAACAAAUAAGUGGCUACCUCGAGUUUAUGACUCAAGUCAAUAACCCGCUAUCAAUGGCUGAGCUUGAGGAAGUCCUCUCUACAUGUAAAAACUCCAGCCCUGGACCUAAUAACCUCCCUCUCGGAUUUCACGAAAACAUCAUCCAAUACAUUCAAAACUUCCUAAAAGACAGAUCCAUCCAAGUCAAGGUUAACGAUAUCCUCUCUUCGAAAAAAGAAAUAGCCAAUGGAGUUCCCCAAGGAUCAGUCCUCAGCGUUACGUUAUUCUUAAUAGCUAUAAACGACAUCGUCAACUGUAUCCCCGCCCCUGUCCAAGGACUCCUUUAUGCAGACGACUUAAUCAUAUAUUGCUCAGGAUCUCAGGUCAAUAACAUCUGCGAUCUACUACAAGAAGUACUUAAUAAUAUAGUUCAAUGGUGCAGUCACUCAGGAUUUCAAUUGGCUGAAAACAAAACGGAAUACAUGGUUUUCUCCAACAUGAAGAAACAAACGACAUGCCCUCAUCUUCACAUCAACAACGUUCUCCUCAAACAGACUACGCAUAUUAAACUCCUUGAUAUGUAUUUUGACAGCAAGCUCCGAUCGAAUGUACACAUAGAACAUCUGAAGCGGAAAUACCACCAAAAACUUUCAAUAAUUCGAACUCUCGCGUCCAAAAACUGGGGAUCAGACACUGAUAUAUUACUAAAUGUCUAUAAAGCUCUCAUCAGAUCAACACUCGACUACGGCGCAAUUCUAUAUAAUACGGCAUCCAAAAGUUUGCUAAAAAAGCUAGACACAAUCCAAACUUCAGCACUCCGACUAUCCAUCGGCGCCUUCCGAUCUAGCCCAAGACCCAGUAUCCUAGCCGAAGCCAAUGAAAUUCCUCUAGAUCUAAGAAGGACACAACUAAUCCUAAACUUCAAACCAUCUACUACCCACAUCCCGCCAUAUCCUCGAGAUGAAAACAACAAGAAAUCUUUCUUUUCAACCAUCUUUACAGACGCGUCUGCACUCAAUAACUUACGUGGAUGCUCAAUAUGCUUCAAUGAUACAACGCUAAAAUAUAGACUCCCUCCAGAAUUCUCAGUGUUUUCAAGCGAGCUAAUAGCAAUAUCCUUGAGUCUAAACGUCAUAAAAAACAACCAGUUCAAAAAAACAAUAAUCUGCACUGACUCAUUAUCAUCAGUCCAAGCUCUGAUGAACCCCUUCAGCGAUUCACCAAUGGUACAAGAGUGCCAACUAAAACUCUGGAACCUAUCAAAACAAGGAGAAAUAGUGAUAGCAUGGGUCCCAGCACACAUUGGAAUCCCGGGUAAUGAAUUGGCAGACAGUGAAGCAAAAUCAGCAAUAAUAGAUGGUAUCGACUUGACUAAUAUUUCAGUACCGAUCUUGAAAUAUCUU